AUGACAACCAGGAUAAUGACGGUGGAAGAACGACUCAAUGAUGUUGCGACUCGUACUUCGUCCUUGGAAGAUCGUUUGACGGCACUAGACGCCCAAAUUACAGAGAUUAGUGGGCGGAGCCAGACGAAUACGUUGCAAUUGACGAAGCUCCGGGAGCGUAGUGACAGUUUGACGAUGUGUCCAGAAGGUCAUUCUCAGCAAUUGGCGACCAUUAUUACUCAAUCUCGUGCUGUGGACGCUCGUCUAAAUGGGUUUGAGGAGCAAUUGAACAAUCGCUUCACUGAACUGUUGUUAGAAAUCCGACAAGGGCGACAGGAUGGUGUUCCACAGCAAGAGGUACCAAUGGUGGGAGGAAUCCCGAGCGUGGUUUACUGCCUUUGA